UUUUCUUUGACACCAAAGCAAAGAGCAAAACUGAAUGUAGUUCCAAGAUGGCUUCGAAAACAGACGCUAGUAUAUGUUAAGUUAAUUUCUUUGAGUUUUUAAAUUAUUUUUCAGUUUAUGAAUCUGUUCUAACUUCAUAAACCUUCACGAUGAUGAUGCCCUACUCCAAUGAAAAGCGGGCACUUAAGAGGCCACGCUUGGGUCCCCCAGAUGUUUAUCCCCAGGAUCCCAAGCAAAAAGAGGAUGAACUUACUACUAUAAAUGUGAAGCAAGGUUUCACAUUGAUGCCUCAAUUGCAAGAUGAAUUUGGCACCGCUAGGAAUUGCACCAUAAAUCCUUCAAAGGUUGGAGCCUAUUUUAAUGCGAUUCUUAGUAAGAAAGAGGAAAUUAACACACUACCGGAUUCUGGUAGAAAACGUCAACAAAUAAAUCCAAAAGAUAAUUUUUGGCCAGUGACACCAAGAUCUCGACCCUCCAUAGAGGCCUGGUUUAAAGAUUUGGCUGGAAGCAAACCUCUCAUGCACCUUUCCAAAAAGGCUCCAAUAUUCAACAAAAAAGAAGAAAUAUUUAUGUUGUUGUGCGACUAUCAAGUGCCCAUGUUGAGAGCAGCUUGGUUUAUAAAACUUAGUUCGGCCUACACAGUUGCUGUCUCGGAAGCCAAAAUUAAGAAACGUCUUCUUCCAGAUCCUAGUCAAGAAUGGACCUCUACACUAAUGAAGUUCAUGAAAGAUCAAUUAAUUAAACUUCAAGAAUAUUAUCAACAACCUGGCAGCAGCAGUGGUCCUUUACUACCAUCACACUUGUCCAACUCAGCUUCUGCAUCCCCUAAUCCUAACAGUGGUGCCAAUACUCCCAAUCCUGCUACAGGAGGUAGUACACCUUCAUCUCUAAAUGGCAGCUCAGGCGUUCUUAAUAAUUCGUUGUCCAGUUUAAGUGCAACGUCAAACCUAGGACAACCAUCUCCAGCAAUGUCUGAAAAUAGAUCUGUCUCAGAGCCACCUCCCAUGACUGACUUGCAGAAAGUGGCUCAAAGACAAUGGCAUUAUUGUGUCCAGCUGGCAAAGUAUAUGUAUGAGGAGGGCCUUUUAGAGAGGCAAGAAUUUUUACACUGGGUUUUAGAACUUCUUGAUCGCCUGCGAUCUGGUCCUGCUGAUGAUGGAAUUCUACGGUUACUUAUGCCCCUGGCUCUUCAGUAUCUCACCGAGUUCACUCGUUCUGAGCUGCUUGCACGCAAACUUGCAUACUUUUGUGGAAGAAAGUUGGCUCAGCUGUGCUCUUCAUCAGGCCAGACUGGUCUGCCGAAUUCAUCAAGUAGUGGAUUAGGAAUCCUUCCCUCUGGUUCAAUUACUAAUGGUGGAGUUUCUAGUAUUUCAUCUGAGCUCCAGUCAGCGUCACCUUUGCUCAACUCUGUUUCCCCCCAUAGUCCAAUGGUCAAUGGGAAUAAUAACUCCAAUGCAAGCUCCAGUGGCAAUCUUGCUAAAACGACAUUACAACAGAACUUGUCAUCUAACCCACUACCAUCAACAUUUAGUGAAUUUCUUUCAUGUCCACAUCAUAAGGACAUUGUUCAUAGUCUGAGCACUAUUAUUCAGGUUAUCACACUAGAAUGUCCAACUGCUCUAGUUUGGAACAGUGUAGGUGAAGGCAAAUCUCCCUCUGUUUUGAAUGGCUCACCUUUAGACCAUUUACCUUGCACACCUGCUCAAUUACCCAUGCCUCAACGAACAAGUAACAUUCCAAUGAGAAACCAACUCCGUAAUGCAGAGGAGAACAUAAGGCAUAGAAGUAUGGCAGCUGUAGGUCGCUGGUCUUGUGAUAAGUGGCAACAAUCAUCUGCUGGAGCAAUUACUACCAGGGUUCUUAGUGCCCUUGAUGCUUUAGAUAGACACAGUUUUGAGAGAGUUGAUCCUACUAACUCUUUAGAUACUCUUUAUGCAAAGAUUUUUAAUCAAACAGUAUCUAAAGAUGCUUCUAAAGGUCCAACUCCUAGCAAUAGUACACCCAAUAUUGCCAGUAAUGGUGGAGCACAGGAAAAUAGAGAAGAUCAAACUGACUAUACUGUUCAGCAAGAUGAACCUAUUGUCAGUAUUCUUUGCGAGUGGGCUGUCAGCUGGCAACGCUACGGGGAGCAUCGUGCUGUUGCGGUUGCCAAACUAUUGGAAAAGAGACAAAGUGAUUUGUUAGCUUCUAAUGAAGACAGCAGUCCUAGUGAUGACAAAGAUUCAGUUGCAUCGGCCCCAUCAGGACCACCUAUAUUUCAAAGUUUGCUCAUGAAAUUUUUGGAUAAAGAUGCACCUAUUUUAGAUGAAAACCCAAGUUCUCAAAACAAAACAACUUUUACAAAUUUAGUUCAUCUUUUCUCUGAGCUUGUUCGGCAUGAUGUGUUUUCACAUGAUGCUUACAUGUGCACUCUUAUUUCAAGAGGAGACUUACUUAACAGUUGCUCUGGAAGAGAUGCUCCAAUAAGUUCAGCACGUACUCCUCACCCACAUAGUAACAAGCCUGCCACUCCUGCAGAUUCAAAAGUCAAUUCUGUUCAGCCUAUGGAAGAAGAUGGAGGAAUAUUUGGUUCAUUGGAUAUGAAGCCACCCAAAAUGGAAGUGCAGGACCAUGUGCGUGGCAUGGAAUACGAUGACAGCAAAAUUGAUGAUGACCUGGACAAGCUGCUUCAGCACAUCAAGGAGGAGCAACAAAACCGCAUAGAUGCUCCUGAUUCUCCUAAAGAUGAAUCUGGUGGUCCAGGCUCUUUAGUUGUGUCUGGGCUUGACAGCGUCAAUGGAAGUGAUGACAACAAACAGAGAAGACCACGGCAUUUGUUGUACACCACACACUUUCCGUUGCCUCAAGAUGAGUUUAGCAGCCAUGAUUGUAAUCAGCGUCAUGUGCUACUUUAUGGUGUUGGAAGAGUCCGUGAUGAGGCAAGACAUGUAAUAAAGAAAAUGAGUAAAGAAAUUUGUAAGCUGUUUAGUAAAAAGUUUAGCAUUGAUGUGGCUGAAGGUGGAAAAGUUAAAAGGCACUCAAGAAGUGAAUUCAACUUUGAAUCUGCAACUCAAAAAAUUCAAACCUUAUCUCACUUUGAUCAGCACGUUGUAACAUGGCAAUGCAGUCAGACUGUUAUUGAAAUGCUGAACUCGUUUGCAAGUGGGAACUCUAAUUACUUACCUGUUGCUGAGCAUGUUGCAUUUUUAUUUGACCUCAUGGAGUUGGCUCUCAAUAUUUAUGGUGUCAUUGAUGUCUCUAUCCAAAUCUUAAAAGAAAUGCCUGAAGUUGAAGCACAGUUAACUGCAAAAGGUUCUCUUCUUGCACGGACCUACAGUACUACCUUGAGUCUUUAUGUUGUGGGAGUCCUCCGGCGUUAUCAUUGCUGCUUGUUAUUGUCCCCAGAACAAACAAGCGCAGUAUUUGAAGGCUUAUGCCGAGUAGUAAAGCAUGUGACAAAUCCUGGUGACUGCACAUCUGCUGAACGCUGCAUUUUAGCUCACCUAUAUGAUUUGUAUUCAUCUUGUAGCAUGCUGAAGCCAAAGCCUCACUGUGUUGAACCAUUCACCAAUGCAUAUCCAAAGAUAAAAGCAGCAUUGUAUUCAGCUUUGUCACCUUCACCCUCAAAUCAUGUAUGCAACACUCAAUUCAUGGCUGAUGUGUUAGCAAAUCCUAAACGAGGAAAAGUAGAGCCAAUGUGGGCCCGACAGUUAGCUGAAACACCUCAAAACAGAUACAGCUUUGUCUGUAAUACAGUUGUUGCUGUUUGUAAUGAGACAGACAAUGACCGACUGAAUGAUAUUGCAAUCUUAUCAGCAGAACUAACUGCUUGCUGCAAUGCACUCUCAGCUGAGUGGCUUGGUGUAUUAAUGGCACUGUGCUGCUCAUCAAACCAUUCGUACUUUGUUGAUGUCCUUAAUCAAAUUGAAGUUAGGGACACAUCUAUUCAUAAUUCAUUAGCAGUGUUUACUUCCAUUCUCAUAGCGAGACACUGCUUUUCACUAGGAGACUUUGUACGCCACAUUGCUCUUCCAUCUCUUGUGAAAGCCGGUAAUGAAGUAAGAGGAGACUCAGAAGCUGCUGCUGGAGCUCGGUUAACAUGUCAUUUGUUGCUCCGUUUGUUCAAAACUGUUGAUGGCCCCCAACCUGCCUUGUAUUCUGUGGGGACAUCUCCUCCUCACCAACUGCCGGGAGGUACCAACACUGCAGGUGUAGCAUCAAGCAUCUGCCUGAGUUGUGAUAGGCAUCUCUUGGCUGCCGCGCACAACAGCAUACGCGUUGGCCCAGUUCUUGCUGUACUGAAAGCAAUCAUUGUUGUAGCAGAUGCUACCGCAUCUCACAGCAAGUCUUUGGCUCCUGUUGGUACUUUGGGUAGUAAAAAGUCUGCCCCAUCUCCUGCUCCAGGAUCAAUGACACCAAACUCAAACAGUGGUGUUAACAAAGGCCCUGUUGGAGGGCCUGGUGAGCUCAGCAUCAGUCAUAUAUUAGGAACAAGUGAUAUACUUGGAGGAGGAGAUGAUUUGAUGGACUUAGGAGGAUUGAAUGGCCCUGGUGGAUUAGGAGGAACUGGGUUAGGCGGCCCAGAUAUGACCAAUGUUGGUUUGUCAGACUUCGCCCAACAUGUACUUCGGGAAAUAUGCAGUCAAGAGUGGGUUCUUGAACGCUGCCUUCAGAAUCCAGAGAAUCUCUGCCAUCAAGAUCUGUUAUUAGAUAGUAUGUUGUCACCAAAGCAAGCACAACGUCUUCUGCAUAUGAUUUGCUAUCCUGCUACUCCUGUUGGAAAAGAUGACAACCUAGAACAAAAAACCAUCAUCACCAACAUUUUGGAAAAUUUAGACCAAUGGACUCUUCGGAUGUCUUGGGUAGACAUGCAACUUAUGUUUGAACAAUUCCGUCCUAAUUCAAGUGAGCUUAAUCAAUGGCUUGAUAUGGUUGCUAAGGCAGUAAUAGACGUAUUCCAAUUAAAUUGUGCCGAUAAGGAUGAUAAACGGCUUCAUCAUAAGCCAGGAACUCCAAAGGAC